CUUACAAUUAUCAAAUAAUAUCGUUUGGAGCAGGAAUUUAAGUGUAAAUGGGUUGAUGUACUUAGAUGUGAUGAGUGCGCAUUGAUAGUAGGAGUUGUAGAAGGUAUCAUUUAGAAAUAAAAAUUUAAUGUAAAUUUAAUAUUUUGUUAUCAAACUCUCACUCAAGCAAUUUGUAAAACCACAUUUCGAUAAACUUAAAUAUGUAUCUGGAAAGUUUAGGCCUGUGGAGCGUUGUUUUAAAAUCCAAACCGUUCUUUGUUGUCCUGGCAACCAACGUUUUUUUUUUAUCUUUGCAACGAAACAACUGGUUACAUUAAAAACCCAGACCCUAUCCCAAAUUUACAACAGCCAGUCAUGAAAAUGGAAAGGCGAACUCCAAAAGGAAUAGGAAAGACGGUCCAAGAAAACCCAGACCAGGAACCUGCGACCUCCGCCUCCCAACUACAUCACACCGGAGACGGACAGCAAUGUUAUGUGUCCUCGGUUGGAGAAAAUACCCAGUUUGGACACGGCAAGCUACCGCCCAUAUCCACCUUUUUCAACAAACUACCACUUAGUCAAGGUGGGUCAGCGGUUAGUGGUCGUGCUGAGGGCGGAGUCAAGUCAGAAACAGUCCCUUCAGGUUGCCAGGUUCGUGAAGUGAAGCCGCUUCCGUCCGCUGAACACGCUCUCACCGGGAGGCUGGAUGUGCUGAAGACUCUAGCAGCUGGGGAACCCCUGAGCUCAGAUCCAGUCCACGUCGCCGACACCUCCCCAAGUCUCGGAGGUACUAGUGGUGCACUCAUCAGUUUUACCAUCCCGCCAACAGAAGAAGAUCUAAGGCAGAUGCAGCCUUGCCAAGACAGGAAUGGACAUAUUAAACGACCGAUGAAUGCCUUCAUGGUGUGGUCUCGUAUCCACCGAUGUGCCCUGCGCAGAGCCUGCCCUGGAGUCAGCUUGACAGACGCCAGUAUUCAGCUGGGCUGUGAGUGGUCCAAGCUAAGUAUAGAACAGAAGAGGCCCUACUAUGAAGUGGCUGAACAACUGAAAAACAUGCAUAAGCAGCUAUUCCCUGAUUAUGAGUUUUGCCCCCAGAGAAGGAAAGGCAGAGAACAUUUGUCUUUAGGACAGGGAGCAAGACAGGACCCCGGCGUUUCCUCUUUUGUCUCACAGUCCACAAUUCCAGCUCAGUCAGAGUUGCAGGAUCUUGCCAUGUACCUGUACCCCACCCUGAUGCCCUGCACAGUGGGCUACUAUCCUUACCCAUCUUUUUGCCCAUAUCAUGCAGUGGGCCUGUACUCCAGGGUCCACAUCCAGUGUUCAAGACACCAAAAUGCCUGCAGCUCCAUGGAGGAAGUGCAGAAUUACCCUGACACUCACCAGCCGAGGGGCGCAACAGCUCUGGCCAUAGAACAUCAUCUAGCUGAUGUUAGCAAUGAAUUCCUCAGUGAAUCAACUGCAACAGCAGAGAGCCUAGCCCAGCCUGACAUUGUCACCAACAGCAAAGUGGAGGUCAAAUGCGAGGAUGAUGUUGAUAUUGUUGGACUGCUUUAAGAGACGUUCAGUUUUUAGAAGGAUUUAUCUACACUUUAACUGAUCUAACUAAUAAAAUGUUCUGUCUUUGGGCUGCAUGAUAUGUGGUGUUUGUGAC